AUGGCGAGCAAGGACAACAUCAUGUUCCCCCUCUCCUUGCCCAUUGAGCUGCAGCUGGGCAUCUGGGCGCUACUCGACCGGAGGAGCCUCUGCAGCGCAAGUCUCGUGUGCCACGCCUGGCACGACCUCUCCUCCGACAAUCACCUCUGGCCGUGGCUGUGCCGCGGCGGGGCUGAGCAGAAGGAGAUGUGCCGCAGAGAGAUCACGGAAGUGGAGUGGACGCCGCGCGCCCUGGCCCGCAACCACAAGUCGUGGAAGCGCCACUUUGGCGUGCGGCUGCGCGCCGCCGAUCCCUACCUUGCUGCCUUGCGCCGUGUGGUGCCACAGCUGCUGGCCGACGCACGCACGCGCGGAGCGACCACGGAGACGGUGGACAUCUCCAUCAAGCUCUACUAUGACCCCUAUCGAGAUCGGAGGCAUGCGACAUCGGCCAAAGCUCGUAGUGAUCUCCUUGGCAUCAUUGGACCCGAUGGGCUCACCGUUCUUUGUGACCAAGCCGCCAAGCUGGGCGUGCACUACUUCGACGCCACGCACCUGCGAUCCUUCAACAAGGACAGGAAAGCGAUCAAGAAGUGGGGGCGACAGCACCACUGCUUUUACGCCCAUCACGAAAUCAUACGCAUGGUCCCGCGACUCCUGGGGCCGCAGCUGAACAAGAUGAGCAAGUUCCCUCGCCUGCUGCCCAGCGACGUUCCGCUUGCGGCGGUGGUCGAGGAAUACCACCGUACGGCAAGAGUGGCCCUGCGCAAAGCUCCCACCCUGCAGGUGGCAGUGGGCCACGUGGGCAUGAGCGCGGAGCAGCUCAUCCAAAACGUCAAGGCCUUCUCAGUUGCGCUGGUGGAGGUGCUGCCAUCGUGGGAUCGGGUCGCGAGCAUCGCACUGCACGCCACCAGAGGACCGCCGUUCACCGUCAUCUCUGCGCCACCUCCUCGCCGUUGA